GUUAUAUAAUCAAUCACACAAGCUUGAAUCAAACUAAUGCAAAGCUUUCUCCAACUUAGUUUGAUCAAGUAACGAACUUUGCCACAAAAUGGAACAUUUAGACACUGCCUUGGAUGAAUCCUGCAUAAUAGAAGAAGGUAGCACUAGUACUGGAAGGAUGGGCCGAAGGAGCUAUGAUGACACGAAAGAGCACAAGUCUAAGAACCUACAUGCUGAGAGGAGGAGGAGACAGAAGCUCAGUGAUAGGCUCCUGAAACUAAGAGCAUUAGUCCCUCGGAUUACAAAUAUGAAUAAAGCAACUAUUAUUGAGGAUGCAAUUACAUACAUUCAGGAACUUCAGAAGAAUGUAAAGAUUCUUCAGGAACAACUUUGCGAACUCGAAGUCGAAGCUUCAUCUGAAGUGGGAGAAAUUAAUCCAGCAAGCAAAGUAAAAGUUGAAGCCGCAGAAGAGAUGAAGAAAAGUGGGAUUCAGGUAGAGGUUGAGGUGACCCAAAUCGAUAGGGACAAACUUUGGGUAAAGGUCAUCUUCGAGAAGAAAAGGGGUGGGUUCACUACACUUAUGGAGGCCAUGAGUGCUUUUGGCUUUGAAUUCAUCAACACAAAUGUGACUACCUCCAAAGGAGCAAUGCUAGUUUCAUCUUGUGUUAAGGGAAUUUAUGGCGAAAAGCUUGCAGUUCAGCAAACCAGGGAAUUGCUAUUACAGAUCAUUAAUGGUGUAGAUCAGAGCAACUCGGAGUAUUGCUGA